AUGGUUGUUCAACCAACUGAAGAGUAUGGCCAAGCCAACUUCGCCAAGGGUGUCGGCAAGAUCCUCGAGAACAUGGGAUUCGCGGCAUCUACUGAUGCCGCCAUGAACGUGUUGAGCGCCUUAAUGCAAAGGUACUUUGAAGACCUUUGCAAGAGAACGGCGAUGUACAAAGAAAACGGUAUGCAUUUCAAUUUUUUGUUCACGUUUAGGUAGACAGAAUAUAAGUUGAAAAAUGGCUUGAAAGUCUAUACACCCAAGUUCUAACCACAAUAAAAACGAGUUGAUUAUAAAUUUUAAACAAAAGUUACAACAAUAAUGCACUUUUGAUACAUUUAGCUAACAUCUUCAUUUUAAAAUAAAAACUUAUAACGUAAAAAAAUCACUUUAAACAACUUACUUUUUAGCUGGACGCACAAAAUGCAUUUUGGAAGAUGCUAACCGAGCAUUUGCGGAUCAGGGUAUUGAUCUUGUGGAGCUACACGAUUACGUGCUCCAGGUCGGAAAUCUGCCUGUAACCAAGGUAAGCAACACAAGAUUUAACUGAAAAUAUUACAAAUACUAAUGUAUUAACCAUGUCGCUUUUAAAGAUACAAAAAAUGUGAAUUGACAAUCAAAAAUUAGUAACACCCUUAUAUUAACAAUAUUAUCAUGAAAACUUUUUUAGGUACCACAAUACCCAGUGAAAAAGCUGAAAGAUGCUAAUUUCGGGUACUAUUCAAAUAAACCUGUAGUGUACAUUGACCCAGACAAUGUACCUACGAUCGAAGCCCUGACCAGCCAACCCCAAGAAAACGCUGAGAUGAUGGAAGUUGAUGAACAACAACCAUCAACUUCAGAAGCCAUGGACACAAGUGAAUUAGAAAAUGGGGUUAAGAAAAUCGUCACAAAAACGAAGUUGUAAGUGAAUUAGUGACAAAAAUGACUUUUAUUACAAAAAAAUUGUACUGUUUAAAAAUGUAAAAAUACCUCUUUUAUACAAUAUAUGCUUCUUAAUAGUACCUAUACACAACUUUUGACUUGCCAAACGUUUUUAUUAUAUUUGAUGCUUUUAUAGGUAUUCGGCCGCGGUAGAAAAAGUGAUUAACAUCCCCAAUUUUGCCAAUUUCGACUUUGAAGGCCUAGGCUUCUCAGAUAAGCCUAAAGUUGAGCCUCGAGACUUUAAUGACUCGGACAGUUCGUUCAACAAGUCCUUUGACAGUAGCUUCACGUUUGCUCCUGUCAAAGUUGAACCUGCACCAUCAGCCGAACCAGUACCAGUUGUAGCUCCAGCACCAAAGCCCAUCACUCCGGUUUUACGACCGGUCGGCACAAAUGUGCCUUUGAAGGUCACAAAAGGCAGAAACGUUGGUUUAGCACCAUUUUUGCCAUCUCAGCCUAGCCAGGCGUUUCAGAAAAUAAAAACCGAACAUGAGCAAGUAGCCCCAUCGUUAACGGUUAUCAAGAAUCCGGUCGAAGAAAGUCCAGAAAAGGUAAAGAACAAUACUUUAUAUCACGUACUUAAAAUUCAAGUUGUCUUAUUUUCUACUACUUUUGAUAUGUUUUAUAUAUAUAACACUAUUAAAAAACUCUAUAAGCGAUUAAGGAUCCAACUUAGAUUAUACUAUAGUCCUAUAAGAUCUUACUGUACACGGUAUUGUAUUUUAGUCAAAGAAACACAAAAAAGAGAGAAAAAGAGACAAAGAAAAAGAAGGACAAAACGAAAGACAAGAAGCACAGAGAAAAGAAGAACAAAGACAGCCCUGCGCCAUUAUUGCCCAUGCCCGGACUAGACCGGUUUGAACCGUUCGUCAGUGCGCCGGUUCUAGCUCCAACUCAACCCACCUCUCCACUACCUCAAAUCGCCCCCAUUACAAUUAGUAUACCUCCACCUCAACCAGUACCAACAAUCACCGACGCAGUACCAACAACAAAGCCCUUUUCCAAUCCACCACUACUCUCCCUUGAGCAAAAAGACACUCCACCCCCAACUUUGGAACCGGCUGAAGCUGUUGCCAACGAAUUGAAGAGUGAGGCUGUAGAAGAAAUUAAGGUACAGUAUCAUUUUUUGAUAAAAGACACUCACUAUUCUUUAACACAAAUUAAAUUUUCAAAAAGUGUUUACAUCAAUUAAUCUUACUUUUGCUUAUACAAAAACAAAGAAAUUUUAGAAAGACAAACACCACAAAAAAGACAAAGACAAGAAAGAAAAGAAGAAAAAGAGAGACAAAGAAAAGAAAGAAAGCAAAAAAAGAGACCAUAAUGGUGAAGUGCUGACUCCAGUCACCGGAGUUACAACUACAACACCAGACGCCGUGACGGCUUCUGGUGUGUCAAAACCGGCUGGAAUUAAGAUAAAGUUUAAGCUAGGUGGCCAAAAUUCUGUGGAAUCCAUUUCACCGCCCAAAGAAGUCACGCCGUUAGUCAACGACGCAACAGUAGAACCUCCAGCCAAGAGUCCUAAGCUGUAUGUUUUAAAAACUUAUAUUAAUUUAGUGUUAACUUGCGGCUUGCAAAAGUUAAAAGCAAACUUAAAAUUGAAAAAAAAGAAAGUUUAAGUUUAUGUAGAAAAUAUUUUAAUGUAUUAAUUCCAUUUAAACAAAAAAUACUUUUUAUAUUCGUUAACGGCUUAUAAAUGAAAAUAUUAUAGUGAACCAGUCCAACCUGCACCACCAGAGCCACUUAAGGUCGCCCCAUUGAGGAUUUCUCCUCCAAAGCCAUUUGUACCAGAAGCUAUCGCUCCUGCUACAACUAGUAAUGACCCAGUAGUGCCAAUGGAAGAUGUAAAAAAACAAGAAAAUGCAGAAGAACUGCCAAAAUCGCCAAAGAAACAUAAGAAAGAGAAGAAACAUAAGAGAGAUAAAGAAAAGAACGGCGAAACAGAAGAAAAUGGCGAAGAAAACAAGUAAGUUGGCUUUCACUCGGCCUAUACUAUUAUUAAAAUGACAAAAAAUAUAUAGCUUGACAAAACGCAAAACAACCUUAAACUAACACUAUUCACUCUUAAAUUACAAUCAUUUCAGAGAAAAACACAAAAAGAAGAGCAAAGACAAAGAACAUAAGGAGAAGAAAGAAAAAAAGAAGAGCAAAGAUAAAGGAGAAAAGCCAGAAGAAGAACCAUCCAAGAAGUCCCCUACCUUGAAAAUCAAAUUUUCAAAUUUGGGUGCCGAAGCCAGCAAAAAAGAGCAGAAAGCAGAAGCCGAAAAAACCAAACCAACUGCCAUACCUCCAACGUCAACGGCUUCACAGUCCGCCGUACCUGCGCCAGAACCAGUAUCAGCUUCACCUGAUAACACCAUUGAUAGCACGAUUAGUGGUGAGACCAUUAUUACCACAGUUCCAAUUGCCAUUGAAGUUCAACCUGUACCAGUUGUCCCAGAAGUAGUAGCUGCGGCUCCAGAAGUACUACCAUCCCAAAUUGUUGAAGAACAGAAAAAGGAAAAGAAAGCUAAAAAGGAGAAGAAACAGAAGAAAGACAAGAGCAAAGAGAAGGAAGAAAAGAAAGAUAAAGAAGCAAAGAAAGAAAAACGAGACAAGGAAAAACCUAAAAAGGAAAAGAAAGACAAAGAAAAGAAAGAAGUAAAGGAAAAAGAGAAGGACACGGGUAAUGCAGAGAAAGAAAAAGAGAAAAAGACCAAAGAAACAGAGAAGUCAGAAAACGUAAGCAGAGUUAGUACCCCGAAGCUGGAUCGGCCUAACUCAUCGGCUUCGGCAAAAAGCAAAAUUAAGGUAAGCUUGAUAAUAAAUGAACCCAAAAACUAUAAUAAACAAGGAAAACCCUGUUCUUACAAAGUUAAAACACUUAAUAAAGUACUAAAACACAUAAAGUAAUAUAUACAUUAUAUUUUAGUCCGAAAAAGCUGAAAAAGAAGCUUCACGUCCACACACUCCAGCCGUGCGACCGUCAUCAGCCAUAAAAGACCCCAUCCCAACCCCAACACCUCCAAAAACACCAGUCGAUAAAGCACCAAAGCCUGAUGCAACACAAAAGGCCAAACCCGGCAAACCCCCAAAGGCACCAAGAAAAGGCAAGAAGGACAAGUCGCAGAAGGUUUGGGUAUGUCCCAAAUGCUCUGUGGCCUAUGUUGAAGGAGCGGCAGACAUGGUCGGAUGCGAUAGCUGCGACCUAUGGUACCACUGGCACUGCGUUGGGAUGGUACGUCCACCAGCCGCCGAUCAGGACUGGUUCUGUCCCAAGUGCACCAAAGAGCGCAAGGGUGGAAAGCUGAAAAAUAAGAGUAAGAAGUAG